AUGGGCUACAACGACGACGACUACAACAACUCCAGCUCCGGUGGUUACGGUGACUCUGGAUACGGCAACUCUAGCAGCCGGAACGAGUCAAGCUAUGGCAGCUCCAACACCAAGUCUGGCUAUGGAGACUCCCGGUCCAGCGGCCGCAAUGAAUCAAGCUACGGCGACUCUACUUCCAGCAGCCGCAAUGAGUCCAGCUAUGGCGACUCCACCUCUAGCGGCCGUGGCAGCUCCACCUAUGAUGACAACAAGUCCAGUGGCUACGGCAACUCGAGAGCCAGCGGCCAUAAUGAAUCAAGCUACGGUGACUCCACGUCUACUAGCUACGGUGACAACAAAUCCAGUGGCUACGGCAACUCAAGCUCCAGCUAUGGCGACUCGACAUCCAGCGGCCGUAAUACUGGCUCAAGCUACGGCGACUCUAAAUCAACCAGCGGCUAUGGAGACUCGAGAUCCAGCGACCGUGAUGAGUCGAGCUACGGCGACAACAAGUCCAGUGGAUAUGGAGACUCCAGGUCUAGUGGGCGAAAUGAGUCCAGCUACGGCGAAUCCAACCACGGAUCCAAGUCGAGCGGCUAUGGAGAGUCUACUUCCACUGCCCGUGACAACACCAGCUCCGGUGGCUAUGGUGACUCCAGGUCUAGCGACCGAAACGAGUCGAGCUACAGCGAAUCCAAAGAUGACUCCAAAUCCAGCCGCUAUGGAGAGUCUGAAUACGGCAGCCGUGGCAACACCAGCUCUACCGGUUAUGGAGACUCUAGGUCGAGCAGACACGGAGAAUCGAACUACGGCGAGUCAGACUACAGCAGAUAA